UCCUUAACAACCCUUCACUUUCGCUACUGCCGCUCUUCCGCCAGAAAUGUAGCAGCCUCUUGCAUUUUCCUCCGUUUCGUCUUGUUAUUUUCCUUGGAUUUGCUAUGGCAACGCACAGAUCAUGACCUUCGCACCCAACACGUGCACAAAAAGACUAUGACGAGUGAAGACGAAUAUUUGCUGGACGUUCCAUGCUCAGAGGAGCUCAAAUACGCCGUCAGCGAAGGGGGAGACAGCUUGUUAGACAGCGAAGAGGAAAGAGAUGUGAUCCCUGAUGUUGCUGCCCUUCCAGUACAUCAGUCGCCACCUGUGGAGAAGGAAACACCCACCACAGAAUCCUUCCCACUUUCUCCUGUCUCCCUCUCCCCUCUCUUGCCUGACAAUCUGCUCAGUCGAUGUAGAGAUGAAUCUGGAAGACCAAAAGUCAUUCGUCUUGACAGGAGAAAGAAGUUCCGAUGUAUUCCUGACAGCUUGCCUGGCGCACCCCUUCCCAAACGAAAGAAGCCACUUACUCUCAGACCACGCAAGAUCACAAAGCCUUCUCUGCUGUUGGAGGUUGGAAAGGGAUGGAUGGCUGACCCCCUCACUGACUGCAGACAAACACUUGUGGCCAACCGCAUGACUUCACUGAAAGAGGAGCGAGUCAGGGCAAGCAGAGUCGUUGAAACUAGUCACCUGCAGGCAGCCACUUCUGUAUCAGCCCAGUCUUUUGAACUGUGGGAUGGAGGUGCCUCCACCUCUACUGACACCAGAGAAGAACGAACUUCGCGACUCGUUCAAAUGUCAAGUUUUUGUUCUAGUACAUCCACCAGUUCAUUUGCCCAAACUAUCACUCCCCUUCCCUGCCCCACUGCUGGUCUGCUCAGAGUGACUGGUACUGCUAACGCCACCAUACAGGAGAUUGCACCACCCCACUCCCCAAUCUCUAACCCAUUCUACUCCAAAAUAAAGGAACUCUCGGAGCCAGCAUCAACCUGUGGUGUCAACCCUUUCUUCUCUGCACUCCAGAAAACUAGUUCAGAGAGAGAGCCUUGUCAACCUGACUCCUUCUCUUUCUCACUUGCUCAGUUUAAUACCUAAUGGUAACAUGUCCACCACAGAAUAUGAAAGCUAACCCUGGUGCUUCUGAAAGAGUUUAGCUUCAAACAAUGUAUAGAUAACUGAAUGUUAUGCACCAUUAAAGUUAUCCAUUAUUGUUUUUAAAAAUCUGGUUACCUCAGUAAAAUUAAUAUCUUCCUUCUUCGGUG